AUGCAAUCAUUGGCCACUUUCAUGUUAACACUUCUAAGACGGUACGAGAAAAACGAUUCUGACAUGUGGAUGAGCAUUGGAUUGCUUAUUGUCAGAGCAGGAUUUCAUUUUGUAUAUACUUUUCCAAUGAUUCCUUCAUCCAAUCUGUCUGAAAAUCCUACUUCUUUUUAUGGUGGAAUGAAAAGCGAAAAAAGUGAAAGCGGUUUUUAUUUCAGUAAUUUGACCUUCGUUGAUAUCAUUAUCGAUGGUUACGUCAUUGACCGCAUUCUUGUAUCAUAUGUUAAUAGCAUUAAAUAUUACCGAGAAUAA